UACGGUACCACCAUUAGUCAGAAAUUGACUAAUUAUUAAAAAAACGGUACAAAAGCAAGCUUAAUUGCGGAAAUUUCACCUGACGCAGCCGAUUUCGAGUAGCAGCAGCUGAAGAAGCAGCCCCCGGGCGACCCAAACCCCAGAUAGCAAACCCCAAAAAGCAGCGCUGCAAAGUGGACACCACCCAGUUUUCCUCGCAACUGCCCCGCCUCCAAAAGGAGCAACGCAAUCGUCGCAGCAGCAGAAUGUCCUCCCUCUCCGCGUCGGCGGAGAAUGUGUCCAGUUUGGGCCUGGGAUCCGGUGGAGCCAACGAUGGAGGAUCCCAGCAGGGUUCUGGAUCAGAUGGAGGAUCCAGCAUGUGCCUGGAAUUAGCGCUCGAAGGAGAACGCCUCUGCAAGGCGGGCGAUUGCCGGGCGGGCGUCGCCUUCUUCCAGGCGGCCAUUCAAGCGGGAACCGAGGAUCUGCGCACUUUGUCCGCCAUCUACUCGCAGCUGGGCAACGCCUACUUCUACCUGGGCGACUACAACAAGGCGAUGCAGUACCACAAACAUGAUUUAACGCUGGCCAAGAGCAUGAAUGACCGUCUGGGCGAAGCCAAGUCAUCUGGAAACCUGGGAAACACCCUCAAAGUAAUGGGUCGCUUUGACGAGGCAGCCAUCUGUUGUGAACGACAUUUAACUUUGGCCCGCCAGCUAGGAGAUCGCCUCUCCGAGGGAAGAGCCUUGUACAACCUGGGCAACGUUUACCAUGCCAAGGGCAAGCAUUUGGGUCAAAGGAAUCCUGGGAAAUUCGGCGAUGACGUGAAGGAAGCUCUCACCCGCGCCGUGGAGUUCUACCAGGAGAAUCUGAAGCUCAUGCGCGAUCUGGGCGAUCGAGGAGCCCAAGGAAGGGCCUGUGGCAACCUGGGCAACACCUACUACCUGCUGGGCGACUUCCAGGCGGCCAUUGAGCAUCAUCAGGAGCGUCUGCGCAUCGCCAGGGAGUUUGGCGAUCGGGCUGCCGAGCGGCGGGCCAACAGCAAUCUGGGCAACUCGCACAUCUUCCUCGGGCAAUUCGAGGACGCCGCCGAGCAUUACAAACGCACCUUGGCCUUGGCCGUCGAGCUGGGCGAACGCGAGGUGGAGGCCCAGAGCUGCUAUAGUCUGGGCAACACCUACACGCUGCUGCACGAGUUCAACACUGCCAUCGAGUACCACAAUCGGCACUUGGCCAUUGCCCAGGAGCUGGGCGAUCGGAUUGGCGAGGCCAGGGCCUGCUGGUCACUGGGCAAUGCCCACUCCGCCAUUGGUGGUCAUGAGAGGGCUUUAAAAUACGCGGAGCAGCACCUGCAGCUGGCCAAGGAGCUGCACGAUCCCGUGGGAGAAAGUACAGCCAGGGUGAACAUCUCCGAUCUGCGCAAGCUGCUGGGAAUGCCCGAAUCGGAGCCAUCGCCCACCGAGGAGGAGGCCAGAUCCACCGCCUCCGAUCACUCGGCCAGCGGACAUCAGUCGGAUGGAUCGGAGAACUCGCAGGGGAGAAUGGUUCGCGUUCGUCGCCAGAGCAUGGAGCAGUUGGACCUGAUCAAGAUCACUCCCGACGGCAAGCGCCUGCAGGAGGAGAAGCAGCGGGCGACGCGGAAGGCCAAGGACGACGACUUCUUCGAGAUGCUCUCGCGUUCGCAGUCAAAGCGCAUGGACGACCAGCGCUGUUCGAUCAAAAUGAAUCCCGCUGGAGCUCCGGCGGUGGCCACAGGAGCCACACGCAAGCCGCUGGUGCAGCAGAACUCGCUGUUCGUGGACCCGACCAACCUGCCCGGCCUGAAGUCGCCGUCGUCGGCGAAUCCCAUUGGCCAUGGUCCGCUGGCCAGGAGUGCCACCACCACGCAGCAGCCCGACGACGACUUCCUGGACAUGCUGAUGCGCUGCCAGGGUUCGCGACUGGAGGAGCAGCGUUCCGAGUUGCCGCGCCCCAAUGUCACAAUGGAUGUGGAGGCAGAGGCGCCCCCUCGAUCAGCUCCAGAGGCUGCGGUUGGAGGAGCAGCACGUGGACAGACUGGUCGCGGAGCCACCGUUCCGGACGAGGACUUCUUCUCGCUGAUCAUGAAGGUGCAGAGCGGUCGCAUGGAGGAUCAGCGCGCCUCCAUUCCCUUCCGCAAUGCCAACAAUAACAACAACAGCCGGAGCAACAACAAUGGUUCAGCUGGCGGUGGUGGAAAGUAGAGAGAAAAGUCCACAAAAGCAGAGAGUCCAACCAAAACAAUCCUAUCAAUCCAUCCCAGGCUGCAGCUCCCAAAAUCAUCUGGCGGCCAUUUAUUCAGUCGCUUCUUUUUAUGAACCCUUUGUUCUUUUACAAGAUUUAUACACACAUAUAUUUACACACUCACCCAUAUGGCAAACAUUAAUUUAUGAAUAGCGACUAACCACGUAACCAAAUAUUAGAAGAAGAAGGAGAAACACAGUCAUGAUUCAUCACACACUUUCAUGAUAUUGAAUUGAACAAACUGCACUCGAGUUUUACGAUAUUAACGUUUCAAUUGCAUGUGUGCAAGUAGCUAUUUAAGCCUAAGCCGAAGGUAUACUAAUCCAAUUUGCUCAAUAGAUGGAACCAAGUCUUCUCUUAACCGCAUUCAGCUAAAAACUAAGUUUUAAGUCUAACGAACCGAUCUAUCUACACAUACCUACUAUAUAAGCAAUGCAUUUUCCAAAUCAAAAAUCUACAACUAUUCCGAAUUGUAACCCCCAUGAGUAUUGCAUUUUUCUAAACAAUCGAUUUAAGCCACUUACAAUUUUUUUUAGAUAU